GGGACCAGAGGCCGCCGAAAGAGCUCCUUCUCCUUCUCCUUCUCAAAGCUCCUCCCUCUCUUCUUCCUUGAUUUUCUUCUUCAAAGAAGACCAGCCUCGCUUAUUAUUUCUUGUUCUCAAUCAGAAACCAUUGACGGUGCAAUUAAAUAUUGAUUGAAGUUACUAGAUUGAGAAAUCUAAGGAGAGGAAAGAGCUUGGGGCUGUCGGUGACCAAAUAUCGGCCUUCUCCUCUUCCUCCUUCACAAAAGCUCCUUCCUCUGUUCUUCGUCUAUCUUCUUCUUCAUGCAUGAUCAGCUUCGCUUAUUAUUUCUUGUGAUUAAUGUUCUCGGCUCCCUAUAAGCUCACAAUCAAAAACCACUGACGGCAAUUCAAUAUUGAUUGAAGAGAGCAGAUGGAGUUCUUUUUGCCCAUAUUGGAAGGUGUUAAGCUACUAAAAUGUAUAUACAUCCCCACUAGAGAGUGUUGGAGUUAUCACGAAAUCCUUCAAGAAAAAUUGCAAAACCUUAAGGAGAAAAUGGAUGCAUUGAGUAGCCGUGAAAAGGACAUAAGAAAGCAAGUACAGAAUAGCAUUGAACACCAUUUCUUAAAGGAGCCCAAGGCGGAGGUUGAAAAUUGGCUGGAACUUGUGAAAGGAAAAACACAAGAAGUGGCUCAAAUAGAGCAAGAUUCUAAAAAAAAGAGAUUUUUAUCUCGAUCGAAGUUCUUAAUGAAUGUCGAGAAGAAGAUUGAAGAAGUAAAUGAAGUUUUCCAGCAAGGCGUAUUUCCUGAUGGGGUUGUUAUCAACACAUGUUUAGAUAAAGGACUUGCAUUACCAACCACACUAUUAAUAGGUGAAGCUACAGCCAAGAGAAACCUUGAAAAGAUUUGGGAAAUAUUGAUGAAAGAUGACAUUAGAAGUGUGGGAGUUUACGGAAUGGGAGGAGUGGGCAAAACAACCAUUAUAACACACAUCCACAACCAACUCUUGGAAAAUUCGAGUCCCUUUGGUUCUGUUUUUUGGGUCACUGUAUCUCAAGAAUCAAGUGUUCGCAUCUUGCAAAAUAACAUUGCAUUAAAAUUGAGUGUAGAUUUUAAAGGAGAGGAAGAUGAAAUUAUAAGGGCAGCUAUGUUGUCAAAAGCAUUGAAUGCUAGAGAGAAAUUUGUCCUUAUUUUAGAUGAUAUAUGGAAAAGUUAUUCUAUAGAGGAUGUGGGAAUUCCUAUUAAUGAAGAUAGCAAGGGGAAGUUGAUCAUAACUUCUCGAUCCUCAAAGGUGUGUCAACAAAUGUGCCAAAAAAUUAUCAAAAUUGAGCCACUUUCCACUGAAGAAGCUUGGAGUCUAUUCAAGGAAAAAUUGGGGCCUCACACUGUUCUUGUUGAUUCUAAAGUGGAAGAAAUUGCCAAAUCUGUUGCUAGAGAAUGUUCCGGUUUGCCCCUUGCAAUCAUCACAGUAGCUAGAGGCAUGACAGGAGUGGGUGACAUUCAUGAGUGGAGAAAUGCUUUAAAUGAAUUACAAAAACAUGCUCUAGAUGUCAAUCAAGAUCUAAAGGGUGUAUAUAAGCGCUUAAGAUUUAGUUAUGAUCAAUUGAAGAAUGAAAAGAUGCAGGAGUGUCUAUUGUAUUGUGCCUUAUUUCCAGAAGAUCACGACAUUCCAAGAGUGGUAUUGAUACGGUAUUGGAUCUGUGAGGGGCUAAUAGAUGAAAUGGGUACAAGGCAACAGGAGUAUGAUCAUGGCCACUCUAUAUUGAAUAAACUUAUAAAUGCAUGCUUACUACAACAAUCUAUAAGUUACAAUCGCAAUUGUGUAAAGAUGCAUGAUGUGAUAAGAGACAUGGCCCUUGAUAUUGUAGGAUCGGAUAAGUUCAUGGUGAAAGCUGGUGUCCAAUUGGAAGAGCUCCCAAAUGUCGAGAAUUGGCCAAGGAAUCUAGAGAGGACUUCAUUAAUGAAUAAUUACUUAUGUAGAGGGGCGGCAUUUUCCACAUCGCUAGAGUGCCCUAUGCUCUCUACUUUACUACUAAAAAAUAAUGCAAAAUUAACAAAGCUGUCCAAUGUCUUUUUUGUAGGUAUGGAAAGUUUGACUGUUUUAGACUUGUCUAGUACAGGCAUUGAUCGUGUUCCUGAUUCCCUUUUAAGUUUGACGAAGCUAAGAGCACUAUUGCUUAGAAAAUGCCAAAAUUUAAAACAUGUUCCUUCUUUGGCACAACUCAAAAAAUUAAGGGAACUUGAUCUUAAGGGAAGUAAAAAAUGUGGAGCUCUAAUGGGCAUUGAAGAAUUAGGCGACCUCAAAUUCCUGGACUUGUAUGGUAUGUCCGUAGAAUGGAUGUUUCCUCAAACUCAACGUGGGGGUGGGGGUGGGGGGGUCCUCUCCAGGCUAAGGCAGUUGCAGUGCAUUGGAGUUGGAGGUGAACAUGUGCAGGUUGAGCAACUCUCUGUCUUGACAAAGUUAGAAAGUAUCAAACUCUGGGUCGCUGACCCUCUCAAGUUUAACAAUUACAUCAAAUCUGAGGAUUGGAAAAAGUUAAAGCAUUACUUCCUUGGUUUAUCGUCAAAUGUCCUUCAGUUACCAAAAAUAUUUUUUGGUAGACAUGUAUGUAUAGAAUAUGAUGGGGUUCGUAAUAGUCCGGAAAGAGGGGAAUUAUCCCUCAUGCUCCCUUCAAAUGUCCAAGAGUUGAUUUUAAGGGGAUGCAAUGAUUUCUAUAGUUUGUCAGAUUUUUGGUCUUGUUUGAAGAACGUUGAGGAUUUAGAGAGAUGCAAAAUUGAGUGGUGCCAUGGGAUGCGUUACUUGUGGGCAGAGAAUUGUUGCACUACCGCCACCGAUUCUAAUAUUGUUCCUCUAUUUUUACCGCGGCUGGAGACCUUGGUGCUUGAUCAUUUGAAAAACCUCAAAGCCCUCUUAAAGCUUCAGGAUCAGGAGGGAGUACAACCACCGUCGCCAGUAUCAAGUGGAAGCUUUUCCAAUCUUAAGAGCCUGGCCAUUUGGAGUUGUCAUAAACUAGAGUAUAUAUUUCCUCUUGGGUUUGCACAGAACCGCCUCCAAAACCUUGAGAUUAUGUCGGUGUCUUGCUGCAGAAACAUUGAGAAUAUCAUUGCAGUGGCAGACGGAGACGAAGAAGAAGAGGGGGUAGAUCAGGAAAGGAGCAAGAAUUCCAUGUUCAUGUUCCCAAAAUUACAAGAAUUGUGGUUGGCAAAUCUGCCGAAGUUGCAGGGGUUAAUAUGUGGCAGUAAGGGGAGCAUGGUCUGUGAUUCUUUGCAGGAAAUACACAUAGAUGGAUGCCCAAACCUGAAGAGCUUUCCUAUUUCUAUUUCUGCGGUGUCAUGUGUUCCGCCUCCAGCUGUUAGAUCAAUUUGGAUAGAAAGAAGCCAAUUGGAUGCUAUGGAGUGGGCACACAAACGCCUUUUCAAACUGAUCCCCAUGGCAACAAGAGCGGGAAAAUCACGCCAAUCACCUACAUUGUGUCUUAUACAAGUCCAUCAGAUUUGGCAAUGCAGCUUGGAACAUUAUAAAGAAGCGUUAUUUUGAAUGGCAAGCAAGGAAAUACUUGGUAAGGAUUUGUUAACCCAUGCAACAAGCAUCUGGAAAAUCAUCUCCAAGAAAAAUAUUUAUAUUCAUGCUACGAUUGGAAGUAGGAUCUCAAGAACCUUCAAAUGGAACAUCUUCACCCCUUCAAAGGUCGGCAUCUUCUGCGGGUUGGCAAUAAAUAAUAAAAUUUUGGCUAUUGAAAAUUUGCAAUAAAAAAAAAAAAAGAAAAGGAUGGAGAAUGGCUUUAAUGUGUGUUCUUUGCACGGAGGACAGUUUGUCCUCUCCCAUUUCUGGUUUUCUGUUAGCCUUUGAUGGCAGCGAGUGCUUUUUCUUCUAGCAGUGCUUUUUCUAUCCCAAUACUUUUGCAUGGUAGAGACAAUAAAACAUAUUCAAGAAAACUUUUGCAUCCCAAUAAUUGUACUUUUUUGGCCGCUGUUCUUUUAUGGCCAUUCUAGAUUUCUUAGUAGGUGCUGCCUCCCUGUGCUGGUGUAGUAGAUGCUUAUUGUGAAUUUGUGCGUAUGAACAAUUUUGCUAGUGUUUGUCAGAUGCUGGUUGGUUUUUAAGUUUGAUAAUCUAUUGGCACUAUUGGUCUUAUGUUUCAGCAUCA